UCUCUCUCUCUACAUUUCCUUUUGGUUAUAAGAUGGAGACAAAAAUGGUUGUGGAGAAGGCAGAUCAAACGGUAUUUGAGGGCGAUACUGGUGGAUAUUACGUAUGGUCAAAUUCAAAAAUACCAUUAUUAAGUGAGUUAAAACUCGGUGCGGGAAAACUUCUUCUCCACCCUCUUGCCUUUGUUAUUCCUCACUAUAUGGAUUCUAACAAAAUUUGCUUCGUUCUUGAAGGUACCGUUACGGUUGGGUUGGUGACACCCAAUUGUCCCGAAGAAAAGGUUUUGUUGAUCAAAAAAGGGGAUGCAGUUCCAGUUCCAUUGGGAGUUUUUUCAUGGUGGUUUAAUGGUGGCGAGACCGAUGCAGUCAUUCUAGCAUUGGGUGACACCAUCAAAGCCCAAGUCCCUAGCCAGUUCAAUUUGUUUGUAGCGACUGGAGUUCAAGGACUUCUUGCUGGAUUUCAAACCGAUUUUGUUAGUAAAAUCUUUGGUCUGGACAAAAAGGAAUCAGAAAAUAUUGUAAACAGUCAACAAGGUGCAUUGCUUGUUAAACUUGAUCAUGGAAUCAGAUUUCCACAACCAAGUAAAGACACCAAAGAAAAGUUAUAUGCCAACAUUGAAGAUCCCUCGGGUGCAGUUGUUGUGAAAGGGGGUGGUUAUGUCAAUUUCUUGUUAGAAAAGAAGUUGCCAAUGCUUAGUGAGGUUGGUCUAAGUGCAAAGUUUGUGAAGUUGGAGGGCAAUGCUAUGCUUGCACCAAGUUAUGUAGCUGAUGGAUCGGUGGAGAUAUCUUAUGUCAGUAAGGGAAGUGGUCGGAUUAAGGUUGUGGGUAGUGAAGGAAAGCCUGCAUUGGAGAGCAAACUUGAAGAAGGUGACUUGUUCAUUGUUCCUCAGUUCUUUGCUUCUUCGGGUAUUGCAGAUGAUUGUGGAAUAGAACUUUUCGCUGUGUUAACUUCUUCAAAACCUGUUUUUGCACAACUAGCUGGAAAUACAUCAGUAUGGAACGCUUUGUCUCCGGUGGUUUUACAGGUGGCUUUAAAUGUUAAUCCAGAAACCGAACAACUCUUCAAGUCGAAGAAUUCAGAAAGCAUCAUAAUUGUCCCUCCAAGUACAUAAGGGGCAAGAACAACCGACAAUAAAAACCAUUACUACCUCCGUCCCACUAAAAGUGUUAUAUUUUGAAUUUUCAAAGUCUUUAUUUAUAAACUUUGACUUUAAUUAUAUAUUUUUGUGUUAUAUAAAACUUGAUGAAAAUUAACCCUAUAAAAACACUUGUAAAACACACUUAAAUCAUAUAACUUUCAUCAAGUAUUAUCAAACACAAACAAAAUUAUUUAAGGUCAAAGUUUAUAAAUAAAGACUUUGAAAAUUCAAAAUAGGACACUUUUAACGGGACAGAGAAAGUAUAAUAUUUGUAUUUUAUACUGUUAGGCUAGAGGUAUGGUGAUGGUCCUCCAAGGGAGGAUGAUCCGCCAUGUAGGCGCCACGUCAUAGUCCUCCCAAAGAUGGUCCAUCCCACUAAACUAGAGGGUAUGGGAGGAUGGUCCUACCCCAUCCCACUAUGUACAAGUAUCCAUGCAUAAUGUACAAAUCUUAUUCACAAACAAACAAACAAAGAAUAGGGGCCCACUUGUUUUGCUCUGUCCUGGACGUCGGAAUUCCGACGGAGACGACGCGACGGAUGAAGACGGGGGGGGGGGGGGGUCGGCAUGGAGAGGGGGCGGCGACGGCUUGAGGACGACGCUGGACGGUCCCCAUACCGUCCAGACUUAGUACACGCUCAAUAAGUGUUGGUGCAUGCAUGACUUCUAUGUCUAGGGGACUUGUUUGUAAACAAUUGAAAUAAAACCUACUAUAUGUGAUAUUACUCCUAGUGCUUUUGUCAAGUAUGUUGAAUUUCCAAAAAUUAUUUAGUUCGUAGGUGUUUGUG